AUUACGUUGUUAGUGUUGGUCCAGUUUUUAGGGCACAUUAAUUGGAUCACAAUAAUAAUCUAUGGUCAAUAACGGGUUUAGUAAGAGGCAUAAAAGGCGUUUUCGACGUCGGAUAGAUGGUGGAACCUGCUCAUAAAAGACACGAUUUACAAACUUCGGCAGAUCUCGAAAGAGUGACAGAUUAUGCUGAAGAAACUGAAAUACAGGCAGAUAUAGGAACCGCAUUAAAUUUAGUUGAAGGAAGGCAUCAAAAGGAAAAAGCUGACCAAGCCUUAAGAGAAAAGGAAUUAGCUAGAGUUGUUAUCAAGAAAGACGAUGUAGACCUAAUUGUUGAUGAGAUGGAAAUUCCUCGAUCUGUAGCAGAGAGAACCCUGAGAGAACAUAAAGGAGAUGUUGUUGAAGCACUUGCUUAUUUAACAAACUAAACUCAAAAAAACAAACUUUGCCAUCAAAUACCUAUAUUUAUCUAUAAAAAUAACUUUUGGAAUAUUGACAAAAUAAUAGGAUAUUGUACAAGAAAAUUGUUAAAACCAUCAUUACAGAUUUUAAUUACAGUCAAACUAAGAAAACUGUGAACACUGACAUGUCUGGAAUGUUUAUUUUGUUCUGACCAAUCAUGUGCAAGAUUUAAUUCAAUACUAAUGGAUACAUUAUAGGAAUCAUUCUGCCGUUUUGUACCACAUGUUGCAAAAGCCAUUAAUAAUUUUUAAGGUUUUCUUCUAAGUUUGACUGUAAAUUUAGAUUACCUAGUUUUAAAAUUUUCUUCUGAUAACUUUGUAAAAAAACAUAAGAAUUAUUUCUGAUUGGUACUACUUGUGCUACGAGUAUACUUUUAGCAAUAAUUAGAUUCCUGGACUUUAAUAGCCUGCAGAGUGGCCCCCAGUAAUUGUGGAGUUAGGAUUCAGAUUCCCCCUCCGAUACCCAACCCAACGCUCAUUAAGGGGUACUGUGCAGGCUAGGACUUCAAUGAUGUCACAUGUAAACAGUUUUGUUUAUAUUCUCUAUCUUCAUUCAAUGGUUUUUAUAAAGGUUUUCCAGUUUCCGUCCCUUGAUGACUUGUAUCCUA